UGCCGCGGCGCUAUAAAGGGGAGCGCGGCGGCGGUGGUGGCUCAGCCCGGCCCCGCUCGGCCCCGCCGCCGCCUCGCCCGCUCCGCCCGGCCCCGCCGCAGCCCCGGCCCCACGGCAGCCCCCAUGCCCCGCCUCGGAGCCAAGGUGUGCCUGUUCCGCUGCACCCUGCUCUCCUCCCUCCUCAUCCUCCUGGUCUGCAGCAUCCAUGAGACAGAGCAGAACAGAUACUGCCAGCAGAUCAUCACUGAGAGGCACCUGGCCGAGCUGGAGGAGCUGGCUGACACCCAGAUGCAGCACCCGGGCAGAGUCUCCUUCAAGUUCAUCAACAAGAUGCAGUUGAACGACUCUGUUUGCUACGUGAAAGCAGCUUUUCCUCUGCUGGGCAAGAUCCUGGAGCGCACGGAGUUCAAGGAGAACUCCUCCAACGCCAAGAAGAUGCAGAUGGUGCGCAGGAUGUACAGCCGCAUCGACGAGAGCUUCGACCCCUGCAUCAGGGAGGAGGAUGAAGAGGAGAGAAAGCUCUCGCAGAUGUGCUUUGAGGAGUUCACCACCUCCCCAUAUGAGAUGCUGGUGCUGGUCAAGCAGUUCUUCCAGGACAUCAACCAACUGCUGCAGAACCAGGAGACCUUCGAGAGGGAUUGCAGCCAGGUCUACCGCAGGACCUGCUUGGGACCCAGGAAAGCUGGAGCCUCCCCAGGUGUGGGGACAGAUCCUGACUGCAAUUGCCUGUCCCCUGCCCUCCCUCCUGCCACCCAGCCCUCCCUCUCCGCUGCCACCCAUGCCAGCAGCGAGGUGGCACCCGCUAGCACCCGGGUCCCUUACAGCCUCCUCCAUGCCACCCUCACUGACUUAGACGCCCCAUCACAGCCCCUCAGUAACACGGACGGCGGCUCGGGGGCCGAGGAGGUCCUGGCUGCCGGGGUAGGUGACACUGCGUCGGUGCCAUCCAUUGGGAUGCAGCAGCCAGCUCCAGCCGACAGCACCGAAACCAUCCUGGAUGCAGCCGGGACCCUUGGCCUGGCAGCGUUGGACGUCCCCAUCCCGCGUGGGGACAGAGCACUGGUGGAAGGUGGCACUGGGACAGCGGCCGGUCACCCACUGCCGCAUCCAGCCCAGCACCAGGGAGCCUCCAUCCUCCCGGACCAUCCCGGCGGGCUCGGGACCAGCACCCCGGCAGCAUCCCCCAGCAGCGGCGGAGCCAGGAUGCGUCCCGCCGGGGCAGCGGAGCCCAUCACCCAGCUCCGCUUCACCAGGAUGGCCCCGGGGCUGCGGGACCGAGCGGCGGGGGGCCCCGGGGCGCCAGGCUGGGGGCUGAGCCGGCGGCGGGAGCCCCAGGACGGCGGCGCCGGGCCCAGCUUUGACUCUGGCUUUGUUCUGAGCACAGAGCAGCGCAGGAAGGAGCCGCCGGCCAGGGAGGGCCGUCAGGAGCCCCUCAUCUACAUCGCGGUGGCCAGCGUGGUGGCCGUCCUGCUGGCCAUGGGAGGGCUGCUCUUCUACAAGUAUAAAUCCCGGGUUCUGGAGCAGCCACUGGAAGAUGGAGGCUGUGACCCCGAGGAGCCAGAGAGGAGGGCACUACAGGGAGCAAGGGAAUGUCCAGACCUGGAGACUCAGGACCUCUGAGGGCCCGAGGCGGGAUGUGAAGCUGCUCAGGGGCUGGAUCCGGAUGCUCCUGGCUGUGUGAAGGAAGGGUCGGCACGCACCGACCCCGCUGCGGUCCUGCCGUGAUGCUGACACUCCCUCUUCCCUCGCCCCAGAGACUGCACAAACCUCCCUGGCAGGGACAAAAGGAUGGGGGGGAAGUGCCCUGAGUGGGACCCCCAGGCUCCGAAGGGAUUCAGGAUGGUGGCAGUGGCUGGUGUGACGCCGCGGUGCUGAGCAGGACGCUGGAGAUGCUGGAUGUGGGAUGAUGAUGAUGAUGAGGAUGGAUCCUGCUUGGACAUGGCCAGCACUGGCUGAAGAUGGAGGGGACCAUCUGCCACCCCAGCAGGGUGGGGUUUGGAGCGGCAUCCAUCACUUCAUCCUGCCUUUCCCAAGGCUUCAUCUGGAGCAUCCUGGAUGCCGGGGAUGGGGGGUGUCAGUCACCUGGACCCCCCCCAAGCUGCACAACCCCCACUUGCAACUUAAACCCUCACACUGUGAAUAUUUAAAGCCCACCAGUGCCCGUGUCCCUGCGUGGGGAUGGGUUUGGGGGUGAUGUUGGCACCGUCCUGCUCCUCAUCCUCCUGCCGCCGGAGCUCUGGCUCCGGUCCUGGUCCCGAGCUGGCCUUGCCGUGCUGUUAGGGGGUUAUUUUUAAUAGAGCAAAUGGAAGUCUUUUAUCCCACAGGAAUAUUUGGGGGGUAGGGGGAGCCCUCCUGCCCCCUCGCAGGGUUCUUGCUGCGAGCUGGCCUCGCCUCCGACUGGAUUUCUUCUUGUGACUGCGCUUUAGAGAAGGGAAACGGGGCUUGGGAAUGACUCGGGUCGCUGGGGGUGCAUGAGAUGGAGAUGCCCAGUUGGGUACUGGGGGGCUUUUUGGCUCAGCCCCACUUCCCGGCUUUGGGAAGAGCCCGGUUUGGGAUGCACCAACGCUGGUGAUACCCAACCCAGUGGCUUCGGGCCGCAUCCUGCAUCCCUCUGGCCCCAAAUGUGAAGCGUGGCCCGCGCUGCUCUUGGGUUUUGAAGUAUUA